AUGAUGUUUCGAGAGUCCUUCAUCUUCACCGUGCUGUCGCUGGCGUCUCUGGCGAUAGCACAUCCGACGGAUAAGUUUGACAGACGCGAGUAUAUGGAAGAGCUCGCGGACGCGCACGCUGUGGCCGAGGUCAAUGCGAGAGCCCUUGAAGCGUGUCAGAAUAGACCUGAUGUCCUUGAGCGCAGAGAGCGUGCCGUAGCAAGACGAGCUGCGACGUUCGAGCGACUUCGUCAAGAGAGGGAUCUCAGUGACGCUGAUUUCCUCCAUCGUCGAGACGCAGCAUCGCUUCGUCAAUGGGCGGCGAACAGUCACGACAAGAGCAGCCUGAAGUACACUAAGGAUACUCCAAUCGCUGACAUUUUUGGCUCAAACACCAGCUGCAUCCUAACGCCCGAUAAUGCCAACGGACCCUACUUUGUGUACCAGGAGCACAUCCGCCAAAAUGUUGUGGAGAACGUGCAGGGUGUCCCCAUGCACCUGGAGCUUCAAUUCAUCGACGUUAACACUUGCAAGCCAGCCAAUAUUCUAAUUGAUAUUUGGUCUUGCAACAACCAGGGCGUGUACAGUGGUGUGAGUGCUGCUGGCGAAGGCGGUCUUGGCACCACUUAUCUGCGUGGAGUUCAGCCGACUGACAAAGACGGUGUUGUCAAUUUCGAUACGCUUUUCCCAGGCCACUAUCAAGGACGAGCUACACAUCAGCACAUCAUUGCCCAUGUCGGAUCCAAGGUCCUCGAUAAUGGCACUUACACCGGCGGCGUCGUGGCACACCUGAGCCAGCUGUUCUUUGACCAGAAACUUGUAGACACUAUCGAGGCGACUGCCCCUUACAACACAAACCGCAUUGCUAAGACCUCAAAUUUGGCCGACGGAUUCACUGGCUAUGCAGCGUCUCCCAAGUACGACCCAUUCCCCAACUAUGCUCUACUCGGCAAUGGCGUCAGCAAUGGGCUUUUCGUCUGGGCUGAGCUUGGCAUUAAUACCAGUUCUAACUGGGAUUAUUAUGCUCCAUUUGCGAGCACAUGGAAGGAGGGUGGAGGUUAUGAUAACCCGAAGUUUAAUUUCAUGGUUGUCGCCACAGCUCCUCCUACACAUGGAUGA